AUUAUCGUAAACAGAUAUUAAUGCUUACACUGUAUGUGAUGCUACAGUGAUUUGUGAUACUUUAAUAGGUCAAGACGCUUUAUCACAAUAUGCAACUGUAUAAGAUAUUAUUAUUUGUUGCAAGUAUACUAAAAUUUGUAAAUAGCGAUGGGGUUCCUGAUACAGAAGAGGCGAUAUCGUCUUUUUCUCAUGAAAUCGAUCAUUGGGUAAAAACGGGAGAGAUAUCCCAGCCGUUUUGGUCCUCGUUGAAUUUAUUAGCUCUCCCAACUAGCUUACAACAUCAGAAUUGGCGUAGUUUUACCGGCGAAAGGAGCAAAUCUAUGUGUAUAAUAUGUCAAUCUGUCUUGAAAGUUCUUAUGGGGUAUCGUAGGGAAGGCUUGCCAGAGGAACAAAUUAGAUCUACCGGAAUUAAACUCUGUUCUCUAUUAAAUAUUGAAUCUGAACGAGUCUGUGCUGGUGCGAUAACUCUUAAUUUGCCUAUAAUUUUGUAUAUCAUAGACCAAAAAUCGAAUUUAACGGCAUCGACAAUUUGCGGAGUCGUGUUCGAGUCGAUGUCAUGUCCAUUAACUGAUGACGAAUACAAUUGGACAAUCAAUAUCGAUAAUAACCGUGGGACGUCCACCGAGAAAGAAAACAACGAAACUAUAAAUAUCGUGCAAAUAACAGAUCUUCAUUACGACCCUAAGUAUGAGCCUUACGGCAAUUCGGAGUGUGGCGAACCAGCGUGUUGUCGUAAGGGACAAAACGAUACAAAUGCAAGUGGCAAAUUGGCAGGAUUUUGGGGAGAUUACAACUAUUGCGAUACACCAUGGCAUGCUGUUAUCGAUGCGUUGUAUCACAUUAAGGAAACGCACAAAGAUAUCUCCUACGUUUAUUUCACCGGCGAUCUAGUAGAUCAUGGUGUUUGGGAAACGACUUUAGAGGGAAAUAUACAAAUUAUCAACGAAAGUUUCCAUUUCUUUCAUGAAGUAUUCGAGGAUAUACCUGUGUAUCCUGUUCUGGGCAAUCACGAGUCGCAACCUCUGAAUCAAUAUGCUCCUAUAACUGUCACUGAUGAUAAAGUAAGCACACUAUGGCUGUACAAUAUGAUUGCUGACUUAUGGAUUGGUUUGGGAUGGCUACCAGAGUCUACUCGUUCUACUAUUCUGCAGGGUGGAUACUAUACGGUUUCACCUAAAAAAGGGUUCAGAAUUAUAGGUUUAAACAAUAACCUAUGUUAUUGCUAUAACUGGUGGAUAUGGUAUCAACCAAGAGAUGCUGCUAACCAGUUGCAGUGGUUAGCAGAUACGCUUCUGCAGGCUGAAAAGGAUAACGAAGUCGUACAUAUAUUAGCGCAUGUUCCUCCUACUGAUCAGGAUUGUCAAGCUACAUGGAAAAGAGAAUUUCAUAAAAUUAUGAAUAGAUUCGGUCACAUCAUUAAGGCGCAAUUUAAUGGUCAUACGCAUAAUGAUGAAUUGGAGUUGAUUUACAGUAGCGACGAGAACAAGAAAAUCAUUAAUGUUGCUUGGAAUGGAGGAAGCGUAACCACUUUCACUGAAUUGAAUCCCAACUAUAAAAUAUAUAAUGUCGACAGUGAAAAUUACGUAGUAAAAGACUAUGAGAACUGGAUAUAUAAUGUAACGUUAGCGAAUGAUAAUGUUAAUGAACGACCACAGUGGUAUAAAUCAUAUUCAUUUAAAGAAGAGUACGGUCUUCUCGACUUGUCUUACAACUCGUUGAAUGAUUGGUACAUUAGACUGUCACAUGAUGAUGAUCUGUUAAAGCACUAUUACGGGCAUUUUUUCAAACUUGCUGAACCAUCGCUGAGGAAGGAGUGUGAUACAAAAUGCAUGAGGACUAAAAUGUGCCGUAUAAUUGCAAGUCUAGGAAAUGGAACAUCUUGUGAUUAGAUAUUAAGAUUAGUAUGGAAAUUAGUGUAAUGUAAUAAUUUAUAUAAAGAUUAAAGUAUGUGUAAAA